CUCUCUCUUCCAAAACUGUCCUAGUCCUAGUAUCCUAGUCCUUCUAUAUUAAGACCUUGUAACUGCAAAACAGGACCAGUUCCUUCCAUACAUAGCCCAGAGCCUUUAUUACUGGCCCAUCAAUAAGCAUUUGAAUUUGAAUAUAUUUUCUGUGCUACAAAAGGUUAUCUCCAUGGCACAUAACUGGUAAGCUGCUUUUGCUAAUUACCUCCACAUCACUGUACCCUCCAAAGCGAGAGCAGGUCACUCAGAAAAAACCAACAUCAUCCUAUCAUCUGAAGCUUCUUCGCUUGUGAAAACCUUUUAUCUUAAGCCAUGGAGGGGAUGCAGCAACUAGAGGAAGAUCAUCAGAAAGAGAGAGAAAGCAAGAAUUCCGCUCUUAUCCUGGAUCUAAGCCUCUCUAGGAAAGAUUCCUGUCACGGGUCGAAUCCAGAACUGGAUCUCAUCCGAGGUUUCGACUCCGAUUCACCUCGUAACUCUGAAGGCGCCCUGCAAGGUAGUGAAAACGAGCCAAGAGUGUUUUCAUGCAACUAUUGUCAGAGGAAAUUUUACAGCUCUCAAGCACUCGGAGGCCACCAGAAUGCGCACAAGCGAGAGCGGACACUAGCAAAGCGGCACCGAAUCGGUGGCUUUGCUUAUUCCAGCAUGGCCUCCCUGCCUCUGCAUGGCUCUUAUAACAGAUCUCUCGGCAUUCAAGUGCAUUCUAUGAUCCACAAGCCGUCUCACACUUAUGGACAAGACUGGUGGACUCGGCAAUCGCUGAAUCAGCAGCCUGCAGUUGGAAGACUUGCGGUACAGGAUUCUUUUCGUGUGGGAAUAACCACCACAGGAUCAUCAUCAAAUUCCAGGAUCGGCAGAUUCGAUGGAGUCAGGAAGCCUUCUGCUGCUGAGGGGAUGGGAGGAUUCUGGUGGGGCAGUUUGAAUCAUUUGGAUACCAAAUUAGAUGAAGUGCAGAAAAUUGAUUUGUCCCUGAAACUCUGAGCUGCUUUCUAUCUUCCUUUUUUCUCCUUUUUUUGCUUUGUCCAAGCGAAAGUACUGGCAUUAUCUUACUUCUUCUGGCAAAGUUAGUUCAUUUUGUUUCAGUUUUAUCAUUCUGUACAUGGUUUUCUAUACUAAUUUCUAGUACGCUUCUACUGUCUCCUAUGAGAUGGAAAUCUGAGUUUCUGGGUCCAGAAUUCAGUUUUCUUAGCAGUAGCUGAUAGGAGUGAAAAAACACAAGAAGAAGAACUCAAACUUUUAACAGCUGCAGUACCUCUCACACAGUCACAAUAUUAAGAGAUUUUCAUGGGUUACCGCUAGCUGUAAAAACUGGUAUAGACAACCAGUGCAAAGGGCACCUGUAAGCAUUGCAUUC